CUCAUACAAGGCGAUGCUUAGUGACUCAUUUCAUUCUUUCUGAUUAGUGCCGGAUUUUUCUUUUCUUUACAGUUAUCAGUCGAAACCAAGCAGGUUUCUUUUUUAAUCUCUCUUUUUCUUUUAUUUUUCUUUUUUUACUGAUGAGAGUUUGGGCAGAAAGUGCAACUCGAAUAAACGCAAUCUGCUCCGCUGCUGGACCCUAAGACACAAACCUAACAGAUUGUGUGACUCUAUUUUUAGCACGGAAGAUGAGCGCUGCGCACUGUCAUAAUAACGGAAUGAUCCAACAUUAACUCCAUUUCAGAGGAUCGAUCUCCGCAGCGGACUAAGGGCUCUUAAAGCGGAUAAACUGGAUCCCACUGCGAACAUUGACUCCAGGAUUUGACUGUUAACCUUCAGGCAUUUAACGCUCCCAGAGAGAGAAGAUGCCGUUCCACCAUGUGACGGCAGGCCUGCUCUACAAGGGGAACUACCUGAGCCGUUCGCUGUCCGACAGCGACAGUGAUGUUCUGGCCACCAUAUCUGUUGAGGAGCUCGAUGAGAUCCGGGAAGCAUUUAAGGUGUUGGAUCGUGAUGGAAAUGGGUUCAUUUCCAAGCAGGAGCUUGGAAUGGCCAUGCGGUCUCUGGGGUACAUGCCCAGUGAAGUGGAGCUGGCCAUCAUCAUGCAAAGACUAGACAUGGACGGUGAUGGACAGGUUGAUUUUGAGGAAUUCAUGACGAUUCUUGGUCCAAAGCUCCUGUCAUCUGAAACGAGGGAAGGUUUCCUGGGGAACACAAUAGAUACCAUCUUCUGGCAGUUUGACAUGCAGAGGAUCACCCUGGAGGAGCUGAAACACAUCCUUUUCUACGCUUUUCGUGAUCACCUGACCAUGAAGGACAUUGAGAACAUCAUCAUCAACGAAGAAGAAAGCCUGAAGGAAAACUCUGGGAACUGUCAGACAGAGUUUGAGGGAGUUCACCCCUCGAAGAAGAACCGUCAGACGUGCGUGAGGAAGAGUCUCAUCUGUGCUUUUGCCAUGGCCUUCAUCAUCAGCGUCAUGCUCAUUGCAGCCAAUCAGAUGCUGAGGAACGGCAUGGAGUAGCUGUGGCCCCUGUAAGCUGGCUACUAACCAGCCUGCAUGUGCAUGCCAGUGGAUGGAGCCAUAUCCCUGUAGAUAGAAACAGAACUCUAAGGCACAGCGAUCCAAAUGAUCACAAAGGAAAUUAGUUUUUAAAACCAUGUUUAGUUUGUUUUUCAUUUUAAUAAUGGCGCCACCUCCAGCUGGUGUCCCAAAAAACCCCACAAAGCCAGCAUGAGGAGACAUGCAGGACUCCUCCCCCUUUACUCCGACUUUAAAGGGCUGACAUUACAUCAAACACUGUCUCUGUUUCCCUGAUGCAAUAAUCUAAACAAAAUAUGAAAAAAUAAAAAGGAGUUAAGAGCUGCUUGCUUUUCCAGCAAGUGAUACUUAACAAGAGUCUGGCACCCACCAGGAGGCUGAUGAACUACAAAGGCUGCAGGAGUCAACAAGAGGCAAGAAACAACUGGUCUCUUAUUACAGGCGAUGGCGGGAUGAUGGCAGAGCUGGACAACAUUGAAGCUCAUGAAUAUGGCUCCUGGAGCUCCCGCUGGGCUGCGAUACUUCAACACACUGAUUAACUGCUGAGUCUGUGGGCUGACGUUAGGAAAUCAUACAGCCAAGAACUCCGAGCUCGUGUGAUAUUUCUGAAUGAGAAAGGAUCAUUCCCUCCUUGUGGAUGCUGAUCUGAUGAACACUGUGCAGAACCCACAUUUUUCUCUGCCGUUAAAAGGGAAAAAAAUCCAUCCUCCUAAUGCUUUCUAUUGCUUUCAUAAUCCAUCUGUUUGUGGUGACCAGUUCAUACCAGGGAAUAUUAUGAAAUGUUUUUUUUAUCUAAUAUAUGAACUUUUCCUCAGCUACCAACCACCAUAGAGUUGAUCUGUAGGCAACAACUUUCACCUCGUUUAGUUACAUAAUGUUUUGAAUUUUUGACACAUUGUGGCAACAAGGAACAGUUUAACUUUCAGUUUGCCAAAACUAGAUUUACUUAAAGGAAUGAAUGCUUCAUCCAUGUUGACUCAUUUCUCCUCCUGUACUUAAAAGCUGUCAGCCCUACCUUCUGAGCCACCAUCACCCCAUGUCAUGCAGUUAUUUAUUUAUUUUGAAUCAUUCUUUUUUCUCCAGUGAAGCAAACUGUCAAAACCUCUGCUUCAUUAAAGGUGGUCACAGUUAUAAUAAUCUAUCACAUUGGGUUCAAAUCCAGCUGAGGCAACAGGUGUACACCUGUUUUAAGUAUUGAUUAUAAACCCAUUUUAUGUUUGCACAGGCAUCACAGAGUUAUUUUUUUUUUUGUCUGUUCUUGCAGCUCAUGGGGUGUAGGAACUUGCUGCAGCACUCAAUGAUUUAGUGCUCAGUGAAGUGGCUCUAAGCUCUUCUACUGCCUGUCAUUUGGCCAGAUACCCCUCAGUAACUGCAUGUGGUCAAGUCUGUGUUUAAUGUAAAUAUUGCAACCCUCGUCUGAAGUGUCUCACAUAUGUGUUUAAAUGUUUCUGUAAGUGUGCAUGACUGUCAGUGCUCUCUGCUCUCACCAUGGGGUCAGAGUCCAGUAAGGACGUUCAGCAGGCAGGAGAUGUUUAUUUGGUCACAAACGUGAAAGUCUUAGAUGGUAGAAGUCUCCUGUUUCCUCUUAACCUUCCUUCUAAAGCCAUAAAACUCUGCAGAGAUGAACCAGACAACUAAAUGUAGUCGUUGUCCCUGUCUUCAUACAGGAACACAAGAAUAAUCUAGCAUUUUUGUGUUAGAAAUAACUAUAUUUUAUUCAGUUUGUUAUUGUUUUUGCACUGUAUCUGUGAUCCACUCCAAUGGGAAGGGAAAAAGGGGGUGAUAGUUUGUUUUAUAGUGCCAUCUACAGGUGGAAUUUACAUUUUGAAACACUGUUGUCUCAUCACCAUUUAUUUAUUUUACUUUUUCAACACAUUACUAAAUGUUUAAAUCUCAUGUAUCAUGUACAGGUUGAUCACAUCUCUACCAACAGUGCAGGUAGAGAGGCUCUUGUAUGCAGAUACAAAUUUACACCUGAUACUUACUGGAAUAGAUUUCUUGCCUAUGGCAGAUCAAAUAAAACACAUUUUGAACCUGUAAAAGGUUUAAUUUAUCCACCUUUGGGACUAAGUGAGCACCAGUGUAGUCUCAAAAAGCAUCAAAUGUGUUUUACAAACAUUUUAUUUAUGGAGAAUAAUUGAUUUUAUGACAUUUGGUAUAUGAUGACUUAUGAUGUAAUCAGAGACUCUGACUCUGCAGAAUGAUUGCAUGUCUCCAUCAGUGAUGCAGAGUUACUGUUGGAGUCUCCAGUAGCAUGAUAGAUAGUUCCCAACUCUUGAUUCUCUUAUCUCAUUUUGUAUGUAUUUAACUAACAGAUUAUCUAUUAGACAAGCACAUACUGUAUCUACUGCAUGUGCAUUAUUUCAACAUAGAAUAGAGAAUGACUUUCAGUCGUGCUAUUUAUUAGAGGCAUAAGGAAUUAUAAUCUUGUAAAUACAGAAAUGUGUAUAAACUCUAAACAUAUAA